AUGCUGGAGGCGCUGCUGUGCACAGCGGAGCUGUUCGGCAACCGGACGGUGCUGCAGGUCGGGCUGCGACCGAGGAGGCCCCCCUCGCCGCGCUCGCGGCGGAGCUCGCUGCGGCCUCCGACGGGCGCCCGCCGCUCGCGGUCCCCGCGCAGCAGGACUUCCGCCGCAUGCGGAGCCGCCUCGAGCGGGCCGACGGCCUGCCGCGCCCCAUCCGCCGGGGGGCUUGCGGCGGGCGUCAACGAGUUCCUCCAGGCCGACGUGGUGCUAGCUGUAGGCAGCACCUUGCCUCGCGCCCUCGGCUGCCUGGGCCUCCGGUCGCUGCGCGAGGUGGUGGGCCUGCUCCGCCACCUGGCGUCCGUGGCCGCGCUGGUGGAGUGGGUCGAGCCGCCCAGGGCGCCCAGCGGCGUAGGCGCUGCUCCGGGAGAUGGCACGGGUGCGGUCGAUAUCUGCGACAUGCCAGUGGAUGUACGCGAACGAUACAAUCGCGAAGAGUUGGUGGCGGCGUUGAUGGCCACGUUCGAAAACGUACACGUGGUUGGCAAUAGCGACCACGGCACCUACUUCCUGGGCGCCGGCGCGAGGCGCCCAGAGGACGGGGGCUGGGCGCGCGUGCGCGUCCGCGACAUGCAAAUUCCGGACGUCCCGCUCGUGUCCGAGGACGGCCAGCGGGGGUCGGCGAGGGAGCUCGCGCGGAGCGGCUUCCUGUGGGGCGGUGAGACCUUCACCAAGCGGGUGGUGGCGGAGCGUGGCGAGGUGGCCAAGCUAACGUCGUCGCUGCUCGCGCUCAGGGAGGCCCUCUUCCUGGACCUCUUCGCCCCGGACUUCCGCUGCGUGCCCCGGCUGAUCGGUCACUGGCACCGCCCCGGCCAGCUGAUCGACCAGCGCACGGGCGCGGGCACGCCGGCGAGCGGCUGGCUGAGCUCCGUGGCGAUGGAGCUGGUGGAGGGCCAGGGGUUUGAGGAGCACCUCGCCGGGCUGGCGACUGAGGGGUCCGUGCGGGACGUCCUUGAGGCCGCCCUGGAGCUUCUCGAGUGCCUGGGCGCCCGCGAGGUGGAGCACGGCGACCUGUGGGCCCCGAACCUGCUGGUCGCCCGGCCGCCCAGCGGCGGGCGCGCCCGCCUCGUCGCCAUCGACUUCGGCGCUGCGCGCCUGCGGCCGCGCGGCGGCCUCCAGGAGCGUUUCGCCGCCGUGGCCGUUGUCGUCGUUCGGCUGUCGAUGGAGCAGCAGCCCGCGAGGCUCGACCCGUACGUGGUUCAGGUACCACCAGGGCUUGUUCAUCCACGCGGCGAGGAUGCAGCAGUGGCUCUGGCGACGGGCCCACCCAUGGCAUCGGCUCAGGCAUGUGUCGGCAGCCCGGAGUUCUUGCACCGCGGGCUUUCUGGUGAGCUCACCGAGGAGCCGCAGGUCCCAGUGACGGAGUUUGCGGCGCAGGUGCGUGCCAGAGCAGGCGUCGUUGGGACGAUCAGCGGCACCAUUUUUGCCGACCUGUUCGGGCGCUCGUCCGUCGGGAUGACAAGGAGCAUCCUGGGGUGGGUGUCCACCAUGGCCAGCGGCAGCGGAGCAAUCGUCUUCAGCACCGCGCGCGAACACCUUGGCAACUACGACAGCAUCAUCCGGCCGCUGGCAGGGGCUGUCCUCAUCCUCGCGGUUUUCAUGCUCCACAUGGGCAACCCGAAGCGGCAGCCUGCCAGGCCGGGACCGACCAAGGGCGUCGACGUCGAGCUCUUCGGCGUCAUCGGCAAGCCCGCCGCCCUCGACGACGAGGAGGCCUCCCGCGAGGCGGCCAAGUAG